CGGGCGGGGGGAGCGCGAGGCGGCGGGCCCGGGCCAUAGAGACGCGCGGCCGGGGGGGUGGGGUGGAAAUGGUGGGAUAGAGCGUCCCCCCGCCCUGCCGGCGGCCGCCCCGAGUCCGCCAGGGCCGCCCCGAGCCCGCCGGGCCCGGACAAAGCGCCGCUGCGUCCCGCCCCGCCCCGCCCCGCCUGCAGCCCCGCCGCGGAGCCAUGUCGGCUAGCAGCCUCCUGGAGCAGAGACCCAAGGGCCAAGGCAACAAAGUGCAAAACGGCUCUGUGCACCAAAAAGAUGGGUUGAAUGAUGAUGACUUUGAACCCUACCUGAGUCCCCAGGCUCGCCCGAAUAAUGCAUACACUGCAAUGUCUGAUUCCUACUUACCAAGCUACUUCAGUCCUUCCAUUGGAUUCUCCUACUCCUUAGGUGAAGCUGCCUGGUCCACGGGGGGAGACCCCCCCAUGCCCUACCUGACCUCAUAUGGACAGCUGAGCAAUGGGGAGCCUCACUUCCUUCCUGAUGCCAUGUUCGGGCAGCCAGGGGCCCUUGGCAGCACUCCAUUCCUUGGGCAGCACGGCUUUAACUUCUUUCCAAGUGGGAUUGACUUUUCAGCUUGGGGAAAUAACAGUUCUCAGGGACAAUCCACUCAGAGCUCUGGCUACAGCAGCAAUUAUGCCUAUGCUCCCAGCUCACUAGGAGGGGCCAUGAUCGAUGGGCAGUCAGCCUUUACCAAUGAGACCCUCAACAAGGCUCCUGGCAUGAACACUAUUGACCAGGGCAUGGCAGCCCUCAAGCUGGGCAGCACGGAGGUGGCAAGCAGUGUCCCAAAAGUCAUUGGCUCAGCCGUGGGGAGCGGAUCUAUCACCAGUAAUAUUGUGACGAACAGUUUGCCUCCGGCAACAAUUGCACCACCAAAGCCGACCUCAUGGGCUGACAUUGCCAGCAAACCUGCCAAGCAGCAGCCCAAGCUGAAGGCCAAGAAUGGCAUUGCAGGGCCAAGUCUUCCGCCACCUCCCAUAAAACAUAACAUGGAUAUUGGAACUUGGGAUAACAAAGGGCCAGUGGCAAAAGCCCCGUCACAGACCUUGGUCCAGAAUCUUGCUCAGCAGCCACCACAGGUGUCUCCGCAGCCCCUGGGCCAACAGAUCAGUAGUAGCCCACCAGUGACCCAGGCUCCGGGUGGGCAGCAGUCGCAGGCACUGCCACCACCAGCCCCACUGCCUGUGCCACCGGCACAGCCCACCCGCUGGGUCGCCCCUCGGAAUCGUGGCAACGGCUUUGGCCAGAAUGGAGUGGACGGUAAUGGAGUGGGACAAGCUCAGGCCAGUUCUGGUUCUCUCUCUGAGCCACACCCAGUCUUGGAGAAGUUGAGAUCUGUUAACAAUUACAACCCCAAGGAUUUUGACUGGAACCCAAAGCAUGGGCGGGUUUUCAUCAUUAAGAGUUACUCUGAGGACGAUAUCCACCGUUCAAUUAAAUACAACAUCUGGUGCAGUACGGAGCAUGGCAACAAGAGACUGGAUGCAGCCUAUCGCUCCAUGAGUGGGAAGGGCCCCGUAUACUUAUUGUUCAGUGUCAACGGUAGUGGUCACUUCUGCGGUGUAGCAGAAAUGAAAUCUGCUGUGGACUAUAACACCUGUGCAGGUGUGUGGUCCCAGGACAAAUGGAAGGGACGUUUUGAUGUCAGGUGGAUUUUUGUGAAGGACGUUCCCAACAGCCAGCUGCGACACAUCCGCCUAGAGAACAACGAGAAUAAACCAGUGACCAACUCCAGGGACACUCAGGAGGUGCCUCUGGAAAAGGCUAAGCAGGUGUUGAAAAUUAUUGCCACCUACAAGCACACCACCUCCAUCUUUGAUGACUUCUCACACUAUGAGAAACGCCAAGAGGAGGAGGAGAAUGUUAAAAAGUUCCGCUUGAUGCCUGUGGAGGUGGAGAGGAGCAAAGCUACGCUCUGCUCAGGAUAAAUCCUAUCUGGGAACGCCAAGGCCGUGUCAAGUAGAAGGCCAUUCCAGCACAGAUUGCAGCAGAGAUUGCAUCCCAGCUGUCUUUCAGAGAGAGAAAGGAGCAAGAGUAUCCCAGAAAGAAUUAGGACUUUUUUUUCUUAAUUCCUUUGACUUCAAAAAGACUUUUACAAACUUCCAAUUAAAAAAAAAAAAAGGUAUUGGAAUAUCACAAGACAUAGGACUAAAAAAACCAAAAACAACUACAAAAAAAAUCCCUUCUAGGUAGAGUAGAGGUAAAACCUGUCCCCUUACUUUUGGCUUUGGUUGUGAUUUCAGAGCAUACACUUUGUUUUUGUCUUUUUACUAUGGUUUUUGGAUUUUCAAGUCCAUAAGUGGCAUAUGCUUUUUUUUUUUUUUUUGGUCUAAUUUUUGAAUCCCAUUGUUCCUCUUCUUUCCACCCUGUUGGGCCUCCUUCCCUGGUUUUGAUAUUUGCACUUGGAACACUGAAUUAUAAUAUCCACCAUGCAAAGUGGAGUAACUUUAAAUUUUUUCCUUUCCCCGGACUGGAAGAGGAAAAAUUCUAUGGGGAAGUUGGGGUUUUUGGUCUAAGAAGAAUUGAACAGAAAAUUGUCCAAGAGGUUAUGUCUUAAAGGUGGUUUAUUUUUCUCUGACCCUUUGUUACUCAAAAGUCAAGUACUAGGAGUCCUAAGAAACGUUCUGUUCUUGUGCAUUAUAUAGAUUUAAAGAUUAGGUCUGGAUGAAUUUGAUUUUUGAAAGCUGAGAACAGUGGUAAAAAAAUUGUCUUGUUUACAGGAAAAGGAAUUUUGGACAAUAAAAAGCCCAAAACAAACCAAGGAAGAAAUAUUGUAAAAUGUGUAGUAACUAUGUUUCAGUUUCUUGUUAAGCCAAUGAGGACUGGGCGUUGCUUUUCUUUUCACCAUUAAUCACUUCUCAUUAAUAAAUGUGAGAUCCUGUUGAGCAUC